GACGAGUCGUACUGGCGGUCUCAAAAUAAAUCAACACAUUUCAGGAGCCUCCCUCGAGUGAAAAAUAUUAAAGAUCCGAACGCGUCGGAGGAAGUAGCACGAAGUAGAACGCAAGCAAAAUCUUUGUGAGAGGCCGUGAGCAACUACAAAACUAAGAGCUGAAAAAUGCAACAAGAACAACUUCUGAGAGAGGGGCGCGGGAGAUGUUCGCGAUCGGUUUCUUCUUCUCUUCCUCAUCCGGUCUGCACCUUCUUCUGCAGACGGCAGCGCAAAAACGAAAACAACAGGCCACGCCAAAUUCUAGAACAAGAAAACCAACCGCACCAGAGCGAGACGAAGCGGCUAGAUAUUUAUCCGGACACCGAGCUGCUGAGAUGUCGAUAGAUCCUGAUAUUGAUUAUUUCUCAAAUAGGGAUUGCAGAUUUAUCAACAUCGUUUCUCGAUUCAAGGUACAGACUCAUAAAUAUUCUGAUUCCUCCGAGCUCCAGAGUGCUGCCUUUGUGGAAGAAUCUCAGAUAGCCCGCGUGUGAAGGUAAGG